CACCAACCCAAGUUGAUUAUGAACCACAAGCCUAUCGAGGGCAGAGCGAGCACAAAGGUGGACCACGCUUGCUAACACUAGCUUCCGAUGGUGGUGUCGCGAUCAAUCACUCGGUCUCUCUGGAAAAAUGAAAACAAGAUUCCUUGAAGGCCGCCAAUGCCAGUGCCAGUGCCACACCCACACGCGUUUGUUGUUAUCUUCAAACACGCUUGAAUCUUGUGCCUCGAUGGAGAAUGUGAUGGGACUUCUCAGAAUCAAAGUAAAGAGAGGCAUCAAUCUUGCUGUUCGUGAUGCCCGCAGCAGCGAUCCUUAUCUUGUCAUCACCAUGGCUCAUCAGAAACUUAAGACCAGAGUGGUGAAAAAAACCUGCAAUCCUGACUGGAAUGAUGAAUUGACUCUAUCGAUUUCCGAUCCUAAUAUUCCUAUCAAAUUAACUGUGUAUGACAAGGACACAAUUACCGGAGACGACAAAAUGGGUGAUGCAGAGGUAGACAUUAAGCCAUAUCUUGCCAGUAUGAGGAUGGGCUUGCAGAACCUCCCAACAGGUUGUGUAGUUUCAAGAGUUCAGCCAACCAGACAGAACUGCCUAGCCGACGAGAGCAGCAUUGUUUGGGAGAAUGGAAAAAUCACCCAACACAUGAUCCUGAGGUUGAACAAUGUAGAGUGUGGGGAGGUGGAGCUGCAGCUUGAGUGGAUUGAAUUUGCAGGGUCUAAGGGUUUGGGAACUCAAGGUACGAGCUAAAUGAAUUUCCCCAUCUUUGCGACUAUUGGCCUCUUCUUGAACAAUGGAUCACUAGCGUAAAAUAUGAACAAGAGCAUAGUACGUAUUACUCAUAAUUGGCUGGAGAGACUCCAGUUCCUGUGAGAAAUGUUUGUGUAAUUUGUAUUUCAUGUGCCUUGUAAACUCAACUGUAUUGCAUCAAUCCUUUAACUUAAACCGACUUAACCUUCUAGCCUCUACAAUCCAGUCCUAAUAAGUGAUCCAGUUGAGGAGAAUUGUAUAUAUAUCAAACACUAGAAGUUUUUAUGUGCUUUGUAUAUGUUCUUGCAAGCAAUAAAGUUUUGUAUGAUGAAAGCGAUCUGGAACAUAUCCGUUUCUUUUGG